CCCGGCCCCGCCGGCAUCCCCGUGCCAGCCAGGCGCCCACGGGCCAGCGCGGACUCCGGGGCUCUGUAGCCCCCCGGGCCGGCGGUAAUGGGCCGGCCAUCGCACCUCCGGGGCUCGGCGCUCUGAGGAGCUCUCGGUGCUAGAGCCAUGGAUGCCAACCUGCCAGGCACCUUUCUGCUCAACGGCCCCUCGCUGGGCCCCUUCCCCGAGGCCAAGGCGCCCGUUUGCCAGUACUCAGUGCAGAGCUCCUUCUACAAGCUGGCACCCCCCGGGCUGGGUGCCCAGCUGGCGGCUGGCACCCCCCACGGCAUCUCCGACAUCCUCGGCCGGCCCGCGGCGACCCCGAACGGCGCUCUCCUCCCUGGCUACCCCCACGCGGGCGGAUUUAACGGACUGAGCUCCCCGGGCGUCUAUUACGGGCCCCAGGUGGGCGCCCUCCCCAAGGCUGGUGGCGAGUACCUGCCGCGGGGCCGGAGCUGCUGGGCGGAGGCGGCCCCGGAGUGGCGGGGCGGCCGGCAGUGCGGCGGCCCCCCUGCUCACUUGGCUGACAGCAUCCACAAGAAGAAGCACACGCGCCCAACCUUCACGGGACACCAGAUCUUUGCUCUGGAGAAGACGUUUGAGCAGACCAAGUACCUGGCGGGUCCGGAAAGAGCACGGCUGGCCUAUUCUCUUGGCAUGACUGAGUCUCAGGUGAAGGUCUGGUUCCAGAACCGACGGACCAAAUGGAGGAAGAAGAGCGCCCUGGAGCCCUCCUCAUCCUCGCAGCGGGCGGGGGGCUCUGGCGGAGAGCGGGCGGCCUCUGAGACCGAGGACGAUGAGUACAACAAGCCCCUGGACCCUGACUCGGAUGACGAGAAGAUCCGGCUGCUGCUGAGGAAGCACCGUGCGGCUUUCUCCAUGCUGGGCUUGGGCACGCACAGCGGCUGAGCGCGCCAGCGCAGCCUGCCCCUCUGGCCUGGGGUGACCCCCCUCACCAGCAGGUGCCUGGCUGUGGGGUGGGGUGGCUGACAGCUGGACGGGGAGCACGGCUGGCAGGGCUGGGAGCAGCACACGUGGUAGUGUCAGGUGCAGCGUUGAUGAAAUAAAGGUCCCAGUGGAGUCCCAGCACUUGUUUCGUGGUCCAGGGUGGCCUUGUGAGGCUGGGCUAGAGAAGGGUUGGGGAUAGGAUGGAUGGGGCAGGGUCUGCAUGCCAGGCAGGGGAAAGGGGCCGUGCUGUGGUGCUGCAUGUGGGACAGGAAGUGCCCCACAGAAGCGGGGGAGCCCUGGAGAUUUUCCCAGGGUUUUCUCUGGUUUGGGCGUGUACCAGCAGCAAGAGCUGCUGGUUCAAAAGUCACUCACUGGGGCCUCUUAUUGGAAGCUCUUAGCAGCAAAUAAAUAUCAUUUAUCUUAACAGUGUGAGUGAGAGCCCAUUCACCUGUCGGGGCUGCAGGAUUGAUGUGGCAUCAAUAGCCCCAGUGUGUUUGCCUGCCAACCUGUUGGGUGCCCCCCUGCUCUGUGCUGCACCCCUGUGCAGUGGGGGCUGCACAUACAGACAUCUGUGAGCACAUGGGGCUGCACACCCCCUGCUCGUGGCUCACCAGUGGCAUGCCAGCUGCGGGUGCUGCGCGGGGCCAGCUGUCCUUACCUGCUUAGGACACCAAAGGAGCUGCAGCUGGCACAGGCACAGCAAGGCCGGGCAAGCUUGGCAGCUGUUCAGCCAAGAGCCAGCUGAGUGCCAGCCAGGUGUGAGCAAACACGUGGGCUGUGUCUUGGAAGGAAAUCGAUAGCAGAUAAGGUGCUGCCGGCCCAUCGGGCAGUGAUUAGCAGCACGGAAGGGGCAGGAGUGAGGCUGCUGAAGGGAUCCCCUCCCUGCAGGCAGCACCUGCAACAGGCUGCUGGCAGAGUCCUCGCUUGGGACAGCUGAAGCUCCUGAGCCACUGGGACCUUUCAGUGGCCCUGAGCACCAGCCUCGUGUGCAGAUCAUCACUGUACAACAUGCCAAGGCUCACACUUGGCUUAAAGCCCCUUUCAAUCUCUCACUGCACUCUGGGCACUUUGCAAGGGGACCUGACUGCUCAGUGCCACUUUAACAGAGUUUAGGGGACUACUGUCCCUGCACAGGUCCCUGUCCAGCCCCUGCAGUGAGUGUGGGGCUUGUAAUGCUCCCCCCUCAGCCAUGCAGCCCCUCCAUGGGAUGGAUUCUGGGCCAGGACAGAGCUAAUGGACCCUGGGAUGUGGGAUGGCAGGUCCCGUGGGAGCACGGUGCACGGGGCUGGAAGAAACACAUCACUGUCUGUGGACAGAGCCAGAGCUCAGCAGGUUCCACAUGGUGGGAGAAGUGAGGGGCUGCUGGUGGGAUAUUUUUUUAACAUUUUCUAAGCUGCCCAGCUUGGCUGACAAUUUUUAAUGUACUAACUGCCUGGUCCAGUGAGCUGAUUAAUUGGUGCUGUGGAGAUCAAUACAAAACAGAAAAUUAAAACAAUUUUAAAGUGAUUAAGUAGUUUAACACCUGUCUGAUGCCACGUCAGGGCUGGGAGACAAAUAAAGCAGGUGGCAAAGGGCCUGCUGUAGCCAGGGAGAGUGACAAAUGGCUGCUGCAGCCUGGCUGCCCCGUGCAUCCCCACGCUGAGACAGGACCCCAAACAGUGCUGAUCCAUGCAGGGUCCCAGCCCAGCAGCCAGGAGCGACCCCCUUUUCUCCCUGUGCUGCCCACCGUGGCUCCCACUUUCUGCUGCAGCAGAGCAGUGCCCCAUCAGCGCUGGGCUCUGGGCAGGAGCUCUGCCCAGCCUGUGCCCGCUGCCAGGCAGCCUCAGGCUGUGUGGGCAGAGCCAGGAGUGCGGCGCAGGCAGGCCAGCCUGGCAGGCAGAUGGAUGGCAGCUCCGCUUCAAUUCCGCAUCCCUUUUCUCCCAGACAAACCCCGUCGGAUUUUCAUAAAUCAAAGCGCCACGCUGUUUAAUAAAAAUUUAUUGACUUACAAGUGAUUAUUUAUCAAAAGGCCAUUAAUAGCAGCUCCGGGAAUGAUGUGCUACUGGGUGGUGCGUGGAGACUAAUAGCAAAUCAAUGCCAGCAUCCGGGCAGAAUGCAUAUGAGGGCUCCUGGCCCCAGUGGGGUGCACGGCUGCUGCAGCCAGAGCCAGCAGCCCCUACCCCGUGGGCCGCCCAGUGCUCCCCCCCCGGUUAUUUAUCGCUUACAAAUGAAAUGAUCGAUACUUUUAAUCUAGAGCUAAAUUUAUUAACUUUCUCAUCGGAGAGAGACGUAUUGACUGGGGGCAUGGGGUGGGAGAGGCAAGGAAAGAUGGAUGUGUGCCUCCUCUAACCUGUCCAGCCAGCUCCUUGCCUGCUGUGGAGUGUCCCGAAUGCUGCUGGGGACGGUCCCCGAGCACAGCAGGGUGGCUGGGCAUCCUGCAAAGCUGAGGAGGGUUCUGCCAUGGUGUCAGAGACAGGGCACUUGUGGGCACCUGCAGCUGGAUCCAGGUGCCUGAGGACACAAGGGGGUGGAGGAGCCUUGUGGCCUUCAGCAGUGCCUGAAGGAAAUGUCCAUCCCACCCCCAGAGAGGAGAGCUCUGGGGACACAGCCCUUGAGAGGGCUCAGGAGCAGCUGCUGAAUGGGGAGAAGUGAAGGAGAGCCUGGAGACCCUGCCUGGGCAGCAGGGAUCAGCAGGCAGGGAUGUCCCUGUCCCCAGCAGGUGUGUCCCCAGCUGCAGCUCAGCACACAGGGAAGGGCCACCCUCGGUAGGCAGCGAGCACAGCACUGCCUCAGCAACCUUGGACUCACUGUGGCUCCCUCCAGGGCUCCCCAGACCACAGCAAGGUGCAGGGGUCUUCAUCCAAAUGGCCACCUGAGCUGGCAGCCAGAGCUUCCAUCAGGUAAAUAAAAAAGUGCAGGAAAAUUCAGAUUUAAGGCCACUUACACAGAGCAGCUGUCCGAGGCACUUAGGUAACUGCCUUCUCCAGAGCAUUAGAAAAUUUAAGCAGGCUUUAGCAGGUAGCAGUGAAACAGCUCUUGGUUUUAAGAGCAGAGAACCCAGUGUAAGUGCUCAAGUUUGUAGGAAUGUAAGGAAAAUGGGAAAGUACAUGGGAGACAUGCUCAAAUGCAAGUUGUUUUACUGAAUAAUUUACUUGCAGAGCAGAAAGGGGCACCACAUCCAGCACAAGAUUUCAGUUUUCUUGCUACAGGUUGAUACUAUCCAUGUGUGUGCAUGACAGGGUCAGAUGCCACUGUUUCCCUCAGGAGACAUUUGAAAAGGGAUUUGCUGCCCUAGCCAUGAAGUCUUGGGCCCUCCUACACCAGAUUCCUCAGGAGCCCCACCUGCCACUCCAGUGACACCUGGCACCCUGCAGCCCCAGGGGACAGAGGGAGAUUUCCAAGGAGUAUGAUCCUUACUGCAUCAGCAGCAGUGAAGAGGCUGUUAGUCAGACACUGUAGAAGCAACAGUCUGGGUCAAGCUGACAGGAAAGUGGCAAAAGAAAAAGAUUUCUCCUGGAAGUGGAACUGAAAAUGGCCUGAGAGGCACAUUCUGCUCCUAAGGGGUUUAUGCCUCACACAUGAGGGGGACAGG